AUGGCAUCAGUACUGGGAAACAGUACCCGCGCUUCGGGAACUCCAACCAGCCAACUAAAAUGCAAGUUCAAGAGGAGAAGGAGGAGGAGGUCGAAAAGAAAAGAGAAAGUGAGCAUGCACUCUGCGUAUAUCGCUCCCUUCAAAUACAUGAGUCCUGGCAUGCCGAGCACAGAAGAUGAAGACACUUUGAGUACUAGCAGCGCUGAAGUAAAGGAGAACAGAAACAUCGGUAACCUUGAGGACUGCACCAUUAUGCCAGGGGAUCGCCAGUCCAUAUUUUUCUCCGACACACCCAGGAGCGGGACCCCUGGCCUGAAGAGGAAGCGCCCCCUGGAGGAAGGCAAUAACGGACACCUGUGCAAACUACGGCUCAUCUGCAAGAAGCUGUCCUGGUCCGAUGCACCAAAGAACGCCCUGGUCCAGCUGAAUGAGCUGAAACCAGGUCUGCAGUACCGCAUGGUCUCUCAGACCGGGCCCGUCCACGCGCCCCUGUUCUCCAUCGCCGUGGAAGUCAACGGCCUCACGUUCGAAGGCACGGGCCCCACCAAGAAGAAGGCCAAGAUGAGGGCGGCAGAGCUGGCCCUCAUGUCCUUUGUCCAGUUCCCCAACGCCCCCCAGGCCCACUUUGCCAUGGGCAACCUGGGCAACCCCGCGGCCGACUUCACCUCCGACCAGGCUGACUUCCCGGACACGCUCUUCAAGGGCUUCGAGCCGUCGGCGCGCGCCGACAGCUUCCCCUGCUACCGCUCGGCGGAGAACGAGUUGCUCUCCAGCGCCUUCCGGCACGGGAGAUUACUCUGCCACACGUUGGACCUAAUGGCCCAGGCCAAACAGAACAGGCACAGGCUGACGGCUCCCGGAGAGGCCGAGAAGAGCGCGGUGGUGCUGCUAAAUGAGCUGCGGCCGGGCCUGAGGUACGUCUGCCUCUCGGAGAGCGCCGAGGGCAAGCGCGUCAAGAGCUUCGUCAUGGCCGUGAGGGUGGACGGCAGAAUAUUUGAAGGCUCGGGACACAGCAAGAAGCUGGCCAAGGCCCAGGCGGCGCAGAUCGCUCUACAGGCGCUCUUUAACAUCAGGCUGGCACCUGAAGGGAGAGCCAGUCAUACGCCCAGCAGGAAUAAAUGCCCUCAUUUACCCCAGGACUUUGCAGAUUCAAUAUUCCGCUUGGUGACAGAGAAAUACCAGGAGCUGGCAGACAGCUGCACUCCCUUGCAUGCACGUCACAAAGUCUUGGCAGGAAUCGUAAUGACCAGAGGUUUGGAUCUUAGACUUGCAGAAGUGGUGGCUAUAUCGACUGGUACAAAAUGCAUCAACGGAGAAUAUAUCAGUGACCAGGGACUUGUGGUCAAUGACUGUCAUGCAGAAAUAGUUGCUAGGAGAGCGUUAGUCCGAUUCCUUUACUCACAGUUGGAACUCUUUUUAAGCAAAAGUAGAGAGGACUGGGAGCGGUCGAUCUUUGUCCGGCACAAAGAAGUGGGCUUCCGGCUGAAAGACGACAUCCUAUUCCACAUGUACAUCAGCACGUCGCCCUGUGGAGACGCCCGUCUCAACUCCCCCUACGAAAUCACAGCCGAUCUACACAGCAGUCGGCACUUUGUGAAGAAGUUCCACAGCCACUUGAGGACGAAGAUCGAAUCGGGGGAGGGGACGCUGCCCGUGCGGUACCACGGGGCCACCCAGACGUGGGACGGGGUGCUUCAGGGGGAACAGCUCAUCACCAUGUCCUGCACAGACAAAAUCACGAGGUGGAAUGUCCUGGGAGUCCAGGGGUCGCUCCUCUCUCACUUCAUGGAGCCCGUCUACCUGCACAGCCUGACGGUGGGCAGCCUCCACCACACCGGACACUUCUCCAGGAUGGUGACGCGCCGCUUGGAGCGAGUCGGACCUCUGCCCAGCUCCUACCGCCGCAACCAACCUCUCCUCAGCGGCCUCAGCAGCAGCGACGUCAGGCAGCCAGGGAAGUCCCCCUGCUUCAGCGUCAACUGGACGGCGGGCGACAGCCGGCUGGAAGUCCUCAACACGGCGACCGGGAAGAGGAAGGACUCGGGCGCGUCCUCCCAGCUCUGCAAACACGCCUUCUUCACCCGCUGGGCCAAACUCCACCGCAAGCUGAGCACGCAAGUGGAGAGCCGUGGGGAGACGGCGCUGAUGUACUGUGAGGCCAAGCUGGCUGCGAGAACCUACCAAACUGUCAAGCAGCAGUUGUUCAGAGCGCUGCAGGAGGCGGGGCUAGGGACCUGGGUGAGAAAGCCACCUGAACAGGACCAGUUCCUGCUGUCGGUGUGA